GCCGACAAACCGUACGGCAGACAUAGAUUAACACUUGAGAAUCUCUCGCGAUAGCUUAGACUAGGAGUGAUCAUGAGGAUGCAUUUCGUUGGAAUCUUGGCGAUCCUACUAUUCGCCGAUACUCAGAUUUUAGGACAUCCCUCACAGGAAAGAUUAAUGCCAGAUGGAGCACCGGUUCCCGAGGACACAGUUGUACACGAGGACUCCGUGGCGUCGGCGUCAGAGGUAGGCGAAGAAUAUGACGAUUCCGACAUGUAUAUGGAGCCGGAUGAAUCCGCAACGACUUCGCCACCAGAUCGUACAGAGGAAAGUUCACAAAAGACUAAUCAAAACGAGACAUUAACCGAUACUACCGACAAGAAUAACGAGAAAUCAUUCGAAGUUGAGAACCCUGAAACUUCUAAAGAUCAGGAGGCAAAGAACACGGAUCAUACACAGGUUGCCGAUGUGGACAGAGGUUUAGAAACCGAAAGUCAAAAUUUCUUCCCGACCUUUGCGGAACUCUUUGGAAAUCACAGACUUUCAUUUGCGGAACAGCAGCAGCGAUAUCGUCCUAACAGAUUCCUAGGCUAUUUCCAACGCGAUCGUAAUUAUCAGACCGCCGCGAGUACUAAGGAUCAACACUCUAUACUAGGAUCAGGUAACUUCGGCGUGAUCCGCGGAGGUACUUAUUAUCCGGAGGAUAAAGAGAAUGACGAGUACGCGAUAGAUGAGAGUCUUUACAAUCCGUACUAUCAUAAUCGUGGUCGUGCGCAGUAUUAUAGAAACCCAAAACCGCAGCCAAUUCGGGGCGGUGACUUCUUCGCAAACUUCCGUGAUUUUGCUGACAUUACGGCACCGCCAAAGUCCAGUUUCUCACAUCUUUCGGUAGUAUACGCUAACAAGAACGGCAGUUCUACUGGACGUGUCACGGAACCGAGAAAUAUCAUCGAGACUCUCAGGAUGUUGGAAGAAGAGGAGCGAUCUAACGAGGAAGAAGUGUCCACGGAAAUACCGAGGAAAAAGCAGAGCAAGGGCAAGGUGAAGCUUAUGAAGAUGAAACAGUACGAGGAGGACAAAGCCAGAAGAUCUCGCAUGUCCGUCGAACCGCUACUCGCUCUCAGCUGAGCGUAAAGAAAUAUCGCUAAAGUGUAUGUUAAUAUGGACGCAAACCUCGGGAUUUCUCCCAAACGCGGAAUUUGGCCUCGAGAUCAGAACCAAAGUCUGAAAAGCGUCAUUUUUCUAUUAUUGGAGGAGAAUGUACUGAAACGUGCAACAGGAACAUAGAAGGUUCGCAUCUUUGUUCAUGUGCGGAUGAUACUGUGCGCGCAUACGAACUUUUCGAUCAAGCCGAAAAGCUGGCGACUGGAGAAUCGUAUUUUGAAAUUAACGCGCGACGCGUCGCCGGUUAGACGGUAUAUACAAUUCCUAUUACUGGAAUUCCGAAGACACUCUGUAUCGAUACAGGGAUAAGCGAAAAUGUCUGUUUAUUGUUCUAAUUUUCCGGAGCUGACGUGAGUCUGUUGGAUCCAUUCAAUUAUAUUCUUUAUAUUACAUC